AUGGAAGAAGGAGGGAAAAGCCAACACUGUGUGAUGGAUGAAUCCCAAGACGGUACGAGCAUUUGGUUUAUGGAAUGUGACCCAUCGAUAAAACCAGUUGUCGAUCAGGUGUUUGAUACCUUGGAAGAUGGCAACGCGUACUACAAGACAUAUGCAUCCGUAAUUGGGUUUGAUGUGCGCAAGAGUUCCGACAUUAAGAACAGGUACGGGAUCAUCCUGAAAAAGAAACUAGUGUGCAAUCGUGAAGGAAGAGACAGUAAAGGAAGGUACGUGGUCAUGAAGUUUGAAGAGGGGCACACCCACUGUUUGUGCGAGGAGAGUUACAAACCUUUCUUGAAAGGGAACAGAAAACUAGAUAUUGGCCACCAACAAUUCAUCGCGAACUGCUCAAAAGUCAAUAUUAGGGCUAGUAAAAGUCAUGACCUGUACGCCGAGAUGGUGGGAGGAGUUGGAAACGUGGGAGCGACACAACAAGACUUCAAGAACUAUAGAAUGGAGAUUUUGGCGUACAUGCAAGGAGGAGAUGCGCAAAUGCUAAUAUCCAAAUACCUCGAUCUCAAAUCGGACUAUGACGAUAUGUAUUUCGAAUACGAGGCAAACGAGAAUGACCAGUUGGCACGUGUUUUCUGGGCAGAUGGUAUGGCUAGAAAGCAGUAUAGUGUUUUCGGAGAUGUUGUGUCAUUUGAUGCUAGGUACAAAACUAACAGGUACAGUCUCGUGUUCGUCCCAUUCACCGGUAUAGACCACCAUAAAAAAUGCGUAACAUUCGUAGCAGCACUGAUUGCGCGUGAGGAUGUCGACUCGUACCGUUGGAUACUAAAGAACUUUAGAAACGCAAUGGGAAGCACACCACCACUCACAAUAACCGACCAAGACCCAGCGAUGAAGGUUGCAAUUGCACAAGAAUUUCCAGAAACUCGCCAUCGUUACUGUAUGUGGCAUAUAAUGGCGAAGGUCAACGAUAAAGUGAGUCCUGAAUUAGCAAAAAAUGAAGCAUUCCGAAGAGAGCUGAAUGAUGUUGUUUGGAAUGACAGCUUGACUACCGCCAAAUUUGAGGUUGCAUGGAAAGCGAUUAUAGAAAUGUUUGGCUUAAUUGAAAAUCCAUGGCUAAACCGCAUGUACGACGAGCGCGCAUCGUGGAUCCCUGCAUCUUUUGAAGGUGUUUUUAUGGGAGGGCUAUUGCGUACAACAUCACGCUCUGAAGCAGAGAACCGGAUUUUCAGAAGCAACACUAGCAAACAUAUUUGUACGGAGAUAUGUGCCGGAUGUUUUGAUUGCCGGGUCCGUGGUGUCACCCCCGGUGAGGCCGGGAACACAUAUGAGGUCGAGGAUGAGCACGAUGUACGAUACACAGUGUUCGUUGAACACGGGACAAGGACGACAACCUGCGAGUGCCGAAUGUACAUCCAGAUUGGACUGUUGUGCAGCCAUGCAUUUGCACGUGGAAACCCCAAAGCACGAGGCACCAAAGAAGAAAGUGACGUGCUGAACACAGUGUACAGGUGCAUAGCCAUGGCGCAAGGAGAUUCCACGAAGCUAAAACAAAUACGCAAUACGCUAACGGAAAUUGAGACCACAUGGUGCAUCGACGGUGAAGACGACGUGGCCGUAGAGAAAGGGAAACGAUCGAUCAAAGAGACAUUUUGUGGUGCCCCCACACCUGACACAAUCACCGUGCAUCCGCCCGCAGUAUCAAGUACCAAAGGGUCAGGAAAACGAAUGAGGACAGCCAAAGAAAUCGCAAUGAAGGAGCAAAAUAAGAAGAAGUGA